UUGAUAAUUUCAGCCGAUAGCUGGACCACCGCUGGUGUCGUUGUCAAUCGCGAAGUUAGGAAAAGUGCUAAUGGUAAAGACUACCUUAUAUGGAAGCUACACGAUUUAAAGGAUUGCCAGCAGGCACCUGUUGUGGUGCUGCUUUUUGGUGAGGCCUACAAAGAGUACUGGAAAUUGCAAGCCGGAAUAUGUGUUGCGCUAAUGACCCCAACGUUCGCUGACAGUGAUAGGAAUUCGAAUCCUAAUUUGGAUAAAUUUAAGCCACAGGCAGCACGUGUCACGCUGAAGGUCUUCAAGCCUGCACAAGUUGUUGAGCUGGGUUACUCUAGUGAUCUGGGCAUGUGUAAGGUCAGUUAUUCUUUAUGCGAGCAUUUUAUUACACUCGCUCUAGUACAUCCGAACGAUUAA